AUGUCCAGACUGGGCCUUCACAGCUGGAUCUGGUGGAGUCAAUUACUCCCAGGUGUCAGUUUGUGGACCCAGUGCGCGUUGAAUGAAGUGUUGGAUUUGGGGCAUGAAGAACUGGAUCGCUUCUGGCAAGACUAUGUGCUGGACUGGUCUUCUCUUCACAUUGACUCGGGAGCCUCGCUGGAAGAUGCCAGAUUUUUCAUGAAGUGGACCUACAUUUUGACUCAAACCGAGGAGGUCCUGAAAUCCGUGGCUUCGGACUGCCUCUUUGGUGUGUUGACGGUGCUGCUCCAGUCGCUUCCAGCCAUUGAUUACGAAAAAGGUCGAAGUGAAGCUUUGGAGGUGUUGGAGAUCACGGAGGAUUUGGUGGCCAUCCUGGAUGAGCAACCGGACAGCUCCGAGAUCCGCUCGGUCGCCUCCGCUGCGGGCUGGGACGUGGAGGCCCUGCUGCGCACGGCGAAACUCUACGGGCGCGUGCUGCGGCCGCGAAGACCGGAGACGUGUCGAUUGAAGGUCUACGUGUACCCGGCGCCAAAGACGAGAACAGCUACCAGAAGCCUUUUGCAUGAUGGAAACUACUUGAAUGCUAUGAGUGCUGGGAUGCCACUGCAGUGUUUAUUCGGCAUGUACGGCACGGAGCUGCUAUUUCAUCAGUGGUUUUUGCAAGAGGCAGCUGCUUGCGAGUCGACACCGGAAGAUGCAGAUCUCUUCUACGUUCCGUCUUACUUCAAAUGUAUUGAAGUGCUAAACUACUUCGAUCACUUUGAUAGUGAGGAAACGGAAGCGUCGAAGCUCUUCAACAAGACUUUGAAAGAGUUGGAUGCUGGGAGCUGGCAGAGACGUGGAGGUGCAGAUCACAUCUUUCUCUUCAGCUGGGGGCGGCACCCCUGCCGCAUUCCGGCCUGGAGGGAGCCCUUGCAGUCGGUGAUUCAACUGCAGGUGGAAGAUCAUUGCGAGGAUUUGAACUACCAAAGUCCAGAAGCCAGUUUCAGCCGCUGGAAGGACCUCAUCAUCCCCGGCCACGUGGACCAGUGGCGCGUGGAGGCGCUACGAAAAGCCAACCGCCCAAUGAAAUCCAGGGAUGUGCUGGUGGCCUUCCAUGGUAGAUCUGCAGAGAACACCGAGAGUUAUGGCAACGUGACAAUUCGCACAAAGAUCAUGCGAUACUUGCAAGGCUUGCCUGGUGUGAGUGUUGGUGGCUUCGUCGAGGAGUAUCACAAGUUGAUGGGUCGCUCGCGCUUUUGCUUGGCCCCUCGCGGCAUCACCCCCUGGACCAUUCACCUGUUCGUAGCCAUGCUGGCUGGGUGCAUUCCAGUGAUUCUGUCAGAUGAUUUGGAAGCGCCAUUUCAGGAUUUGCUUGACUGGUCCAGCUUCUCCAUCAAGUGGCCCACAGAGAGGGUCCAGGACCUCUAUGAGUACCUGAAAUCGCUGCCAGUGGACCUCGUUUCGGAGAUGAAGACCGCCGUGGAUCGCAACUCCUGUUGGUUCGACUACUACUCACCGGAGCCCAACUGCGGUCCUUUCACCGCCGUCAAUCUCCUGCUGCAGAAGCGCGUGGCGCAACGUCCCAGCUUUGCGGGGCAUUUUUGGGCGCCGUUGGUAGGGUGA